AUGUAAUACGAUAAGGAAUCGAAAAAAGACUUGUAUGAAAUUUUAAUUCAAGCGACAGAAGUUGAUGAAUUAAUUUUCAUUGAGACGAUUGAACUGUUAGAAAAAUGUAAAAUUUCAGAUUGUUGUUUAACAUUUCUUGAAUAUUGCGAUCCUUAAAAAUAUGUCUUUGAAUAUUAGCAUUUAAACACUAUAGAAAAGAAAUAGAAACUCGAUUUAUUUAAAAAUGACUUUAAGAAAACCAUUAUAUUAUUAAAAUAAGUAUCUGAACAUGACUUUAAUAAUAAUUACUAUUCAAGUGAUAAUUACAUUGUAAUUAGACAAACUCUAAUUAAAAAGAUAUCAAAAAAUUAGAAGAUUAUAAAAUUGUUACAAUUUUUAGUUCUUCUCACAACUAUAGACUAAAAAUUCAUAUAAUGUGGUUCAAAUUCAUUAAGUUUGUUAGUUGAGAUGAAAGUUGAUAUCAGAAAACUAUGUCUUGAGAAUAUAAGAAUUAAGAAUUCAUCUUUAAUUGGAGCUAAUUUUGCAAAAUGCAAUUUGAGUGGAUCUGAAUUUGAAAAUGUAGACAUAAGUGGAGUAAAUUUGAAUGGAGCUGAAUUAUAUAAUUGUAAAUGGAAAAAUUUAAGAAUACAUGAGUUACUAAAAUUAGAGGGUCAUACUAGUUAAGUUCUUUCAGUAUGUUUCUCUCCUGAUGGGGCUAUAUUAGCAACUGGCAGUGCAGAUAAUUCUAUCCGUUUGUGGGAUUUUAAGACAGGACAAUAAAAGUCUUAGUUCAAUUUUAAUAGUGGAUGGGUAUAUCAAGUAUGUUUUUUUCCUGAUGGCGAUACUUUAGCAUCGGGUAGUGAUGAUGGCUCUAUUUGUUUAUGGGAUGUUAAAACAGGCAGCUUAAAAACUUAGUUAAAUGGCCAUACCGAUUAUGUCCGAUCAGUUUGUGUCUCUCCUAAUGGUACUACAAUAGCAUCUGGUAGUAAUGAUAACUCUAUCCGUCUUUGGGAUGUCAAAACAGGACAAUAAAAAGCCAAAUUAGAUGGUCAUACUAGUUAUGUCUACUCAGUCUGUUUCUCUCCUGAUGGAAAUACAUUAGCUUCAGGUAGUGAUGAUAACUCUAUCUGCCUUUGGGAUGUCAAAACAAGAUAAUAAAAAGCUAAAUUAGAUGGUCAUACUAGCACUGUCAAUUCAGUAUGCUUCUCUCCUGAUGGUAAUAGUGUAGCAUCUGGUAGCUAAGACAUGUCUAUCCGCAUAUGGGAUGUUUAGACAGGAUAAUAAAAAGCCAAACUGAAUGGUCAUACAUAUGAUGUAAAUUCUGUAUGUUUUUCUCCUGAUGGUAUCACAUUAGUAUCUGGGAGUGCAGAUACAUCAGUCCGUUUAUGGGAUGUUUAGACAGGAUAAUAAAUAUCUCAAUUAGAUGGUCAUGGAAGUUGGGUAUUAUCAGUAUGUUUUUCUCCUAAUGGCAAAAAUGUAGCAUCUAGUAGUCGAGAUCAUUCAGUCGGUUUGUGGGAUGUUAAGAUAAAAAUUUACAACAAUAAAUUAGUUGGCCAGAGUGAUAUUGUUAAUUCUGUAUGCUUCUCUCAUAAUGGUGAAUUAUUAGCAACUGGUUGUGGUGAUAAGACAAUUUGUUUAUGGGAUGUUAAGACAGGAGAAUAAAUAUUAAAAUUAGAUAAUCAUAGUAGUUGGGUUGAGUCAGUUUGCUUCUCUCCAAAUGAUGAUACAUUAGCAUCUGGUAGUGCAGAUAAAUCAAUUCGUUUAUGGAAUGUUUAGAAAGGAUAAUAAAUAUUAAAAUUAAAUGCUCAUACUGAUGUUGUCAAUUCAGUAUGUUUCUCUCCAGAUGGUGCUAUAUUAGCAUCUGGUAGUGCAGAUAAAUCAAUUCGUUUAUGGGAUGUUUAGAAAGGAUAAUAAAUAUCAAAUAUAAAUGCUCAUACUGAUGUUGUCAAUUCAGUAUGUUUCUCUCCAGAUGGUGCUAUACUAGCAUCUUGUAGCAGUGAUAAGUCAAUCUGUUUAUGGAAUGUUUAGACAGGAUAAUAAAUAUCUAAUAUAAGUACUCAUACUGAUGCUGUCAAUUCAGUAUGUUUCUCUCCAGAUGGUGCUAUAUUAGCAUCUGGUAGUGCAGAUAAAUCAAUUCGUUUAUGGGAUGUUUAGAAAGGACAAUAAAUAUCAAAUAUAAAUGCUCAUACUGAUGUUGUCAAUUCAGUAUGUUUCUCUCCAAAUGGUGCUAUUUUAGCAUCUUGUAGCAGAGAUAAGUCAAUUUAUUUAUGGAAUGUUCAUUGUUAGAUUUAUUUUGUAAAAUUGGAAGGUCAUACUAAUAAUGUCAGCUCAAUAUGCUACUCUCCUGAUGGCUCCAAAUUAGCAUCAAGUAGUUCAGACAAGACUAUCCGUUUAUGGGAUGUGAAGACACAAUAACAUUAUUAAGAUAGCAAUAUGUAAUCUACUUAAAUUGCCAAUUCAAUAUGCUUUUCUCCUGAUUUUACGAAAUUGGCAUCUGGAGGCAGCAAUAAUACUAUCAGUAUAUGGGAUGUUAACUCAGGACAAAAAAUUAUGAGAUUAGAUGGUCACAAGGAUUUAAUUACUUCUGUAUGCUUUUCUUCGGAUGGUACUAAAUUAGCAUCUAGCAGUACAGAUAAGUCUAUUCGUUUAUGGGAUGUGUAAGAGAGAUGCCUUAUAAAAAAAUUUGAUUUUCAAACUGCUGAUGUCUUUAUAUUAUACUUCUCAUUUGACAAUUCUACAUUAUAUUAUUGUAGUAAUUAAUAGUUUUUUUAUUUGAAUCUUAAGACCCUAUAGAGCUCUCCUAAUGAAGGUUUGUCUUAUGAUUUUAUAGCUUUUUAUACAAGUAGAGAAAAAUAAUACUGUAUCUAUAGUUUUAUUAUUAUUUAGUCCACCCUAAUGUUGCUAUUCUCCUUAUAUCUAAAUAACUGAUAUUUUAAGCAUAAAAGGCUUUGAUCUUCAAAUCAGAAUUUUUUAAUUAUUAGGGAGUAGAUAUAAGAGCAUUAAUAAAAUAAAGAGGAGGCUUUGAUUUAGAAAGCGAAAUAAAAUAAAAGUAAAAUUGA